AGAAUAGCUCUUCAAAUUCAAGAAAACAAAGAGACCUAAAAUAAAAGAGACAGACAUCAUAUCAGGGAAUAAAUCAUGGGAGAAGAAGAAAUUCUAAUCGGAGAGCAACCAAGGAGGUCUCUCGCGGCACCUCUUAUCUUCUUCAUUGUCGUUGCCUUCCAAUUCGUCUCUAUAUACCUCCUUCAAUUAAAGAAGAAGGGAUCAAAGAGUGCUGCAGAGAUUCAAUUACGUGCAGAAAUUAAGCAAUUAUUGAAAGAUGCCAGCGCCUUGUCUCAGCCAUCAACAUUUGCUCAGGCAGCAAAACUUAGAAGGUUGGCAGCUGCAAAGGAGAAAGAACUUGCAAAUUAUAAAGAAGCGCAUGACAAGGAGAUGAAACGUUCUUCUGAUUCAUACCCGAAAAUUCUAUUUAUUUCAAAGGUUGUUACGUACUUUGUGCUCAUUUGCUGGUUUUGGAGGACUCCUGUUGCUGAAAUAUCUCAGCAACUUGUGCAGCCCUUUGGAAGGUUUCUAUCUUGGAGGGCUGGAGGUCGUUUAAAUAACAAUGUCAUGGUUGGAAUUAUACCUUGGUUGAUAUUAUCUACCAGGGUCAGCAAAUUUGUUUGUAGACUUAUCAAGUAUUGAGGAGCAUUCAUCAGAAGGAAAAAAAGAAGUAAUCAUCAGCUCUGAUUUUUGUUGGAAAUGAGAGGGCUUGGGAUUUAACAGCAACAUAUUUUCCCUGUAUAUUGAGCUAUGAUUUUAAUGUUUAUUUAGCAGUGUAAAAUUCAGCUCUGGUGCGACGGCUGGAAAUAGGCCUCUGCUUGAUAUUCUUGUACGUUAUGGAAAACACUUGACAAGACGGAAAAAAGAAGAGACAAAGCGAGAGGGUGAUUCCUAUUUCUGAAACAAUUAGCUUUUCAUCCUCAACAUGUUUAUGGAUCUCAAGUAAUGUUACCAUUCCAUUUUUUGAAAUAUAAAUACUUUAAUUUGUUUGGC